GAUCAUAUGUUCCCCAUCAGAAAAGACCAGACAUAUUGAGCUCACACAGACGAAACCAGCGGGUGCAGACUAUAUAGUUUACACAGUGACCAAUAAAGGAAAGGCAGUUUUCAGGAGACAGGCAACAGCCCUGCAGGCAUCAUUUAUGGGUGUGCAAAGAUCCAAGCCUCAGAGACAAGCACAGGUGCUGAUACUGGGCCUGGACGGCUCAGGAAAGACCACACUGCUCUACAAACUCAAGUACAAUGAGAGCGUGGUGACCGUGCCAACUGUAGGUUUUAACGUGGAGACGCUGGAGACGGACAGGAGAAGCCCGGAACUGACUGUGUGGGAUAUUGGAGGCCAGAGAAAGAUGAGGCCCAACUGGAGAUAUCACUACUCAGACACAGCUGGACUGGUGUUUGUAGUGGACAGUCAGGAUGAGGAGCGACUAAAUGAGGCCCGCAAGGAACUCCAUCGGGUCCUGAAAUACGAAGGUCUCAAAGGUGUUCCUCUUGUGAUUCUGGCAAACAAACAGGACCUUCCAGGUGUUUUAAGUCCAGAAACACUUUGCCUGAAACUGGACUUGGGAAGAGUGUGUGAGGGCAGGGCGUGGUUCAUCCAGCCGUGUUCAGCCAUCACCGGCAUGGGACUAGAAGAGGGUUUCAGGAGAAUGGUAGCCACAAUUGCUAACAUGGCUGACAACGAGAAACUGGACAACCAGCGACUGAAGAAUUUCAAGAAUAAGGGCCGAGAUUUGGAGACUAUGAGAAGACAGAGGACUGAGGUGGUGGUAGAACUCCGAAAGAACAAAAGAGACGAACACCUCCUGAAGAGGAGAAACGUGCCCCAUGAGGACAUUUGCGAGGACUCUGAUGUUGAUGGUGAUUUCAGAUCGCAAAACACUUCUCUUGAAGCAAUAGUACAAAACGCCACCAGUGAUAACCAGGGCAUCCAGCUGAGUGCCGUUCAGGCUGCCAGGAAGUUAUUGUCCAGUGACCGUAAUCCUCCCAUAGAUGACCUGAUUAAAUCUGGGAUCCUUCCUAUACUGGUCCACUGCCUGGACAGAGAUGACAACCCAUCUCUCCAGUUUGAGGCAGCCUGGGCUUUAACAAACAUCGCAUCUGGUACCUCAGAGCAGACCCAAGCUGUGGUCAAAUCCAAUGCUGUUCCAUUGUUCUUGAGGCUGCUUCACUCUCCUCACCAGAACGUGUGUGAACAGGCAGUUUGGGCCCUUGGCAACAUCAUAGGCGAUGGGCCACAGUGCAGAGACUAUGUGAUCGGUUUGGGUGUGGUGAAGCCCCUGCUCUCCUUCAUCAGUCCCUCCAUUCCCAUCACCUUCCUCCGCAAUGUCACUUGGGUCAUGGUCAACUUGUGCCGUCACAAGGACCCUCCUCCACCAAUGGAGACCAUCCAGGAGAUCCUGCCGGCCCUCUGCGUGCUGAUCCACCACACUGAUGUCAGCAUCUUGGUGGACACGGUGUGGGCGCUGUCCUACCUGACAGAUGCCGGGAAUGAGCAGAUCCAAAUGGUCAUCGACUCGGGCAUCGUCCCAUAUCUGGUGCCUCUGCUCAGUCACCAGGAGGUCAAAGUUCAGACCGCCGCUCUGAGGGCCGUUGGAAAUAUCGUGACUGGCACAGAUGAACAGACGCAGGUCGUGCUCAACUGUGAGGCCCUCAGCCACUUCCCAGCUCUCCUCACUCACCCCAAGGAGAAAAUCAACAAGGAGGCGGUGUGGUUCCUGUCCAACAUUACUGCAGGUAACCAGCAACAGGUGCAAGCUGUCAUUGAUGCUAAGCUGGUCCCCAUGAUCAUCCACCUGCUUGACAAGGGUGACUUUGGCACUCAGAAGGAAGCAGCCUGGGCCAUCAGUAACCUGACAAUAAGCGGAAGGAAAGAUCAGGUGGCACACCUCAUUGAGAAGCAGGUGAUCCCCCCAUUCUGCAACCUGCUCACAGUGAAAGAUGCUCAAGUCGUGCAGGUUGUCCUAGACGGCCUCAGCAAUAUCCUCAAGAUGGCCGACGACGAGGCUGAAACCAUUGCUAACCUGAUUGAGGAAUGUGGAGGGUUGGAAAAGGUGGAGCACCUUCAAAAUCACGAAAAUGAAGACAUCUACAAAUUGGCAUACGAAAUUAUUGAUCAGUACUUCUCGUCUGAUGAUAUCGACGAAGACACCAGCCUCGUCCCAGAGACCAUCCAGGGUGGAACUUAUGGCUUUAACUCAGCCAACGUGCCAGCCGAGGGAUUCCAGUUCUAGACGUCACCUGGGGUAUUCUGGAGUUUUGUUCAUGAUGCAGCACUCUGUUCAACAUAAACAAAUUAAGAGAGAAAGAGCGAGAGAGAGCGAGUGUGAGAAAUUCGAUCCAUUGUGCUUGGCUCGUGGGAUCCAUGGCUGCAUCUUAUCUGAGAGAAAAAUAUGUGGAUUUCAUUUGGCAUUCCAGAGGAACCAGCCCAAAUGAAGUUUGAGAUGGCGAGUGGGUGCGAGUGAGAAUGAGUGGCUACAUGUUGCAAAAAAGCGAAACAUCUACAUUGAAUGCGUUGAGAGACAGGCCGACAUAACUUCAGUGUUAUCGGAGCUGUCGUCUUCGGAAAACUUCAAAGGACAACAACAAACAAACUCGUCUGCCCAGGGAGAACCAAGGACAUUCGAAAAUAACAAAUCAAGAGAUCUUGAGAUAAAACUUCAAAAUGCAGAAGCGACUAUAACUUUGAUUAUGAACUGAGAUGAACCACAAACCAUCACAAUUCUGCGGUCCUCCGACUAGAAAGGGCGCCACCCUCAUUGUGCCCCUCCCCCAAUCGGCCACGCUAUCAGACAUGUGUGUGAAUGGACCCAUUGUGUACGAAUGUCUGGACUCAGUGCUGAGGAGCCAGGUUCAUCUCCUCCAACGAGACGUCCCGAUGGGGCACCAUCCUCUCCCCCCCGGUGGGCAGGGCCAGGAGUCCGACUGCGCGUGUCGCAUGUGCGAGAGAAUGGACGGAUGAGUUGUGUGUGCUUGGCUGCGUGCGUGACUGGGAGUGUGCAAGACUGGGUGAGAACGCAUGCAGAGACGGGAAAAGAUACAAAAAACAACAUCUGAAGAAGAGAAAAAUUGAGAAACGCAAUGAUACGUUUAGAAAAGGUUUCAGGAAAGAAAAUCGGCCUUUUCGACCGGGGCUGAUCCUCAAAUACCUGAAAGGAAGAACUUUGGAAAUGGGGAAAAAAGAAAAAAAAAUCGUCAUCACAAGGAUUUUUUUUUUUUGUUCUGAAUUAUUGUUAAGUUAGUAUUAAUUGACACUGGACAAUGUUAAUGGCAGGUGUGGAACAGAAGUGCAUUGAAUUAAGAUGCUUUUGGGCUUUUCUUUAUGCCUCCAGUGUGUUCUUUUUUUAUUUUUUUUAUUUUAUUUUCAGCUCUUAGUUUCACUGCUUCUGUAAAGGCGAAUGAUGACGAUCGUAUUCCAUCCUUCCACCAGAACUCUUAACCUGAUCACCAGACAUGGGCUUGAUGCUGUGAAAUUCUGACACCAUCACCAUAAUCUACCAAAUGAGCUGUUCCUCUUGUAACUCCUCCUUUAAUUUCUUCAUUUACAGCAGAAUCACUGCUUUGCAGUUUUGUUGCCAUAGCUUCGAUUAUCACCUAGGGAGAAGAGAACAACGGCCAUGUCGUGUAGGAUUGUGAAACAUAACCUUUGCAUGUACUAAACUAUAGCACAGUUAUUUUUUAGGGUAUUUUAGUUUCCUUAGGCUGUGGAUACAGUGUAUUUUUUUUUGUUUUCAUUUUAAGUAAAACUGUGCUUAAAUGUUACAUGUUUCCCCCUCCCUUAAUCCUCACUAGUGUCCAAUUUGCUAAAUAAUCUGUAUGGUUUUGCACAUGUACUGCAAAGUGAGGCCUGACGUUUUUCUGAGGGCACGUUGGUGGGUUUCAUAGGUUUUGACCUGCCAUCAGCCUCUACAUUAUGCAUCACUCAACCACAGUCUUUGUUGUCUUUAUAGAGUGAUCCAAUGAUGCUUUUUAGUGAUACUUGAGAAAAUAAUGACUUUAUUUCAGGAGCAGCAGUAAUUUUUCUGCUAUUGUAUCUCAGCUUGAUUAAAGGGGGGCUUAAACCUCCCUUCUCUCACGGUCAGAGGUGUCCCGCGCAUCAGACUGGAGUUGUGUUAAAUGGGUUUACCCUGAAUAAUAAAUAAACCCAUGAACAGGUUUUGCUGUAACUUUAGUACCCUGCAGAGUCCUCAGCCCCGUAUCCCUCUUUCCUCUACCAGCUAGGUGUACAAGCUUACCCCCUUUCAUUUUUCUGUUAACUUCAAACACUGUAGUAAUGAUUACACUUUGUGCUCAUAAACCUUCUGUUGAACAUAGGGGUAUUUUUGUUCUGUUUUUGCAGCAUUCCUUGUUAGCAAACGUGGUUUCAAAUAUAACAUUAUUGACCUGGAAGGGGGGGAAAAAGUGGUGUGCCUAAAAACCCUUGUGGAAGAUAGGCUACAGCAUAGGUUGUCUUCAAGAAAAUAAAUAGUGAAACCCAAACCGAAAGUUUGCGUGCGCGUGUGUGUGUGUGCUCUGUCGUGGAAAAAGUUGUGUGAUUAAUUCUCUGGCCAGAUUUUUUUUUCUUCUUUCUUUCUUCGAAACACUUUCGUUCUAAUGAAUGUUUGAGUUUGUGUUCAAAUCGAGUGGCGGCAUCACCUGAUUGGACAGAACGACCGUUUUCCCGCAUGCGCAUUAUGAAGAGUAAAACUUACGAAGGUGGUUACUAUCGGAGAAAUGAACUUCUGAACUGACAUUGCAACGUGGAAGGAGUAAGCAGUCAAUCGCACAUAAUCCAAUUUUAAUUAAGAAUUUCUGAAGUGACUACUGUGGGAAAUGUGAUCGUAUUUUUUUUUAAUAAAAAAACGAGCAGCAGCAUCUGACUGAGGAACUGCGCGUUUGCAUUGACAUAUUAGUAAAAAAUCCGCGUUAGCAUAGAUACGUUUAAGGCCAUGUUAUACUGACGUCCACUUUUUUUGGGCUUGUGUUUUUUUUUAUAUAUUUGAAAUUGGUACUGUAGUUUACAUAGUGUACCUGAAGGCGGCACGAGAAGGAACAGGAAACGAGGGCUGUUUGGCUCCGACCGGACGGACCCACCUGCCCGUCGCCCGCCCACCACACACACAAACACACCCACACACACACACAGGCCUGUGCCGGGGCCCUGGUCUCCAUCAUGGAGAACCUGGAGGAGGACCUGACGUGCUCGGUGUGCUACUCCCUGUUCUCUGACCCGCGGGUGCUGCCCUGCUCACACACCUUCUGCAAGGCCUGCCUGGACAACCUGCUGCAGGUGUCCACCAACUACUCCAUCUGGCGUCCACUCCGCCUGCCCAUAAAGUGCCCCAACUGCCGCGGCGUGGUGGAGCUGCCCCCCUCGGGCGUGGAGGCCCUGCCCACCAACGUGUCCCUGCGGGCCAUCGUGGAGAAAUUUCAGAGGGACGGCGAGCCGCGGGCCCCCUCCUGCCCGGAGCACCACCGGCAGCCCCUCAACAUGUACUGCGUCCAGGACCGGCGGCUGAUCUGCGGGCUGUGCCUGACGGUGGGGGGGCACCGCGGCCACGCCAUAGACGACCUGCAGGCCGCCUUCGCCCGGGAGAGAGGGGCCCCGUCCCAGCUGCUGGCCAAACUGUCCGAGCAGAGAUGGGCGCAGGUGUGCGAGCUGGCCGAGCAGCUGGAGCAGGAGAAGGCCCGCUGCGAGGCCCUGCUGAGGCAGGACCGGCAGGACGUGGCGCAGUUCUUCCUCUCGCUGGAGGCGCUGCUGGCCCGCAAGAGGCAGGCCUGCCUGGAGGCGCUGGACAAGGCCGCCGGCGAGGUGGCGCAGGCCUACGACCCCCUCAUCCACAGAGCCAAGGAGCUGCAGGAGGAGCAGCUGGACCUGGUGUCUCUGGGCCCGUCCGUGGAGGAGGAGGACGCCCCCCUGGUCUUCCUGGAGAAGGUGCACCUGUUCAGGGAGCGGGUGGAGAAGCUGACCACGGCCCCCCUGCCCCCCGUGGUCAGCCUGUCGGUCACGCCGCGGGCGGCCGCCUUCCUGCAGCAGC